GUAGUUUCCUUGUACACUUGGAAAUCCCAAAACUUGCAUCUUCUCCUUCCUUGCUUGGCCCCUUUUAAAUAAACCUCACACAGUUGGAUCACACACAAUCAAUCCAUCGCUAUCUUAGAAAGCAAUCAGAGUGCAGACAUGGUCUUUAAGCUUCAACACCCACCAGAAAAGAGGCGGGCCGAAUCCACCCGUAUCAGGGACAAGUAUCCUGAUCGAGUACCUGUGAUUGUCGAGAGAGCUGAAAGAAGCGAUCUUGCUGACAUCGACAAAAACAAAUAUCUAGUACCAGCUGACUUGACGGUAGGUCAGUUUGUUUAUGUGGUUCGUAAAAGGAUCAAACUUAGUGCGGAGAAGGCUAUAUUUGUUUUCGUCAAGAACGUGUUACCACCAACUGCUGCUUUGAUGUCUGCAAUUUACGAGGAAAACAAGGAUGAAGACGGGUUCCUCUACAUGACCUAUAGUGGUGAAAACACAUUUGGAUAUCCAGUUAACCAAGAUAAUGCAUGAACAUACAAUAUCCAAAUUCUUGUUGCAGAUGUAAAUACACUUUUAUAUUCUGGUUCAUUCUUCCCAUUUUAUGUCUGGCACCUUCUAAUGCCUAUGUAUAUCUAAAUGUGACAUUUAGGAUGAUGAUAAUACCAUUAUAAAAAUGUAAACAACAUUCUUGGGCUCCAUUAUAAAAAGUUCUCAACCCCAUCUGUUAUAAUUA